CAGACAAAAUGGGCAGUGAUAAAGAUAUCGAAGAGAAGUUUAAAAAGGAUGUAAGCAAGGAGAUUUCCAACUUGAAGGAGUUUCUGAUCCAGCAGGGGAAGGAGAUUGUCAGACUUAAACAGGAUGUAAAGGCGCAAAAAGAGAUUGUUCAUCUAAAAGGAGACGGAACCCAACAAGGAUUAAGUUCGGAUCUGAAGCUGAUCUUAGAUAAACAGCAGCAUGCACUAGAAAAACAAAAGGAGAACACGACUAAACUGAGUAAGCUGUGUCUGGGAACCCUGACAGAACUGGAGAAACUUGAGAAGAACCAGCAGGAUAAGGUUCAGGAUACAAGGACAGAGGAGAAAAUAAAGAGGCUGUCAGAAGAAAACAGGAAAUUGAUUCAUCUUGUGACAGCUUUGGACCAACAG